AGGGGCCAUGACGCGCGGAGGAGGAGGUGGCGGGGCGGGCACGGCGGAUUGACGAUGGGAGGAGCUCCUGAGUCCGCGCUUCCCACUGGUUUGUCCCUCCGUCCGCCCUGUAGCGCUUCUACCUCCUCCCCCUCCGCCAUGGAAGGAGCCGCGGCCUCCUCUGAGGGCCUGCGCUACGCCGAGUACGCCAGGGUCCCUACGGGCGCCGGCAAGGGCCAAGCCGAGCUGGACCGAGGGCUGGCCAGAACUAUGAUCGCAGUUGGACUUGGUGUUGCAACUGUUGCAUUUGCAGGUCGUUAUGCUUUUCACCUUUGGAAACCAUUGGAGCAGGCAAUUUCAGAGACAGCAAAGAGGAUUUCAACUUCUAGCCUUUCAUCAUACUAUAAAGGAGGAUUUGAACAGAAAAUGAGUAGGCGAGAAGCUAGUCUUAUUUUAGGUGUAAGCCCAUCUGCUGACAAGGCCAGAAUCAGAACAGCCCAUAGAAGAAUCAUGAUUUUGAAUCAUCCUGAUAAAGGUGGAUCACCUUACUUAGCAACAAAAAUAAAUGAAGCAAAAGACUUGUUGGAAUCCAGUGCCAAAAACUGAAAUCUGAAGCCUUGGGUCGCAGGAUAUUCAUCAACAUUGUGCAACAGCUUUCAUAUCUACUUGCUCUGCACAGUUUCUUAACCCUGCACUGAUUGCUCCUAUUUAUUGCCAUAAUUAAAAAAAAAAAAAUAUAUAUAUAUAUUUAAAAGCAAACUGAAAUCUUUUACAGUCAUGUAAAGUUAUGUACAGUUAUGCUCCUGGACGGAGCAGGGGGUUGAACUUGAUGAUCUUUAUGAGUCCCUUCCAACUCGAGAUAUUCUACAUUUCUAUGUCUCAAUUUUAGUGAAUUUUUACUGAAUUACAAUCCAUUACAAGCUCUGAAAA